UGUCGUGCCCCAGCCUCCCGGUGAAUGAGCACCGCCCGCCGCCUGCCGCCGCCGCCCGCCUCGGCCCCCACCUCCCCCUGCCGGGGUGAGGCUGCCUGAGGGUCCCCGCGGGUCGCGCAUCCCCGCCGGCUGCCGAACGGAGCCCAUCGCUUCUCCCUCCUCCUUCCCUCCCGCCAGCCUCCCCCUCUCUGCCCCCUUCAUUUUAUUUUUUAUUGCCACAUUUCCCCCCUUUUUUUUCCUUUUGCCAUCCUCCCCACGCUCCCCUGCCUUCCACCCCCCUUCCCCUAAUUUUUUUUUUCCGCCGGGCGCGAUGCCGCACGUGGAGAUGCUGCUGCUGGCGGCCGCGGCGCUGUGGGUGUGCGUGCGCGGGCAGGAGCCCGGCGCCAAGGCGGUGGCCGACCGCUACGCCGUCUACUGGAACAGCACCAACCCCAGAUUCCAGCAGGGUGACUACCACAUCGAUGUGUGCAUCAAUGACUACCUGGAUGUGUUCUGCCCUCACUACGAAGAUUCAGUGCCAGAAGAUAAGACCGAACGCUAUGUUCUGUACAUGGUGAACUUUGACGGCUACAGCUCCUGCGAUCACACCUCGAAAGGGUUCAAGAGGUGGGAGUGCAAUCGGCCACACUCCCCGAAUGGACCGCUGAAGUUCUCAGAAAAAUUCCAGCUCUUCACGCCCUUCUCACUAGGAUUUGAGUUCAGGCCAGGCCGGGAGUAUUUCUACAUCUCUUCUGCGAUCCCAGAUAAUGGAAGGAGAUCCUGUCUAAAGCUUAAAGUUUUUGUGCGACCAGCAAACAGCUGUAUGAAAACUAUAGGUGUUCAUGAUCGUGUUUUCGAUGUUAACGACAAAGUAGAAAAUUCAUUAGAACCAGCAGAUGAUACCGUACAUGAGUCAGCCGAGCCAUCCCGUGGUGAGAAUGCGGCACAGACACCGAGGAUACCCAGCCGGCUUUUGGCAACUCUAUUGUUCCUCCUGGCAAUGCUUUUGAUAUUAUAGCACAGUAUGCUCCAGCAACCUGUCGCAGAAAAUAUCAGGGUCUUGGAACAUCAAAGAUCCACCUAACUGCUCAUCCCAAGAAAGGGACUUUAUUGUUUUUGCAGAUGUCAAAUUGUUAUUUUUCCCUUUUCUUCUCCCUUUUAGCCUGAACUCAGCAAAAAUUUGAAGGGGAUAACUAGCUUCAGCACCCGUCCCUACCUACCCUGUGACUUUCUUAACCCCUCCAUACAAAUAAAAGGACUCCAAAUGAAAAUGCCAAACUAUAA